AUGUCAGCGGCAACAGAAUCAGCAGCACCAGCUCAUCAGCGCGAGGGUGAGCACAUACAACCCACUGCCAAUGGUCACAACUCCACUGCCAACACCACUGCCACCACCACCGAGCAAGCAGCAGAAGAUGGACCGCAAGAAAACACAAAUUCCGCAGCUCGCAACGACACCGUCGCAGCCGCCGCCGCCGCUCUCGAAUCCACCCCAGACCCUGCUGAACGCGACGUAUCCAACAUCCUCGCUGGCCUAAACCAAGAACAGCUCGCCUCGAUCGUCGCCGCUGCUCGCGCCUCCGAAGCUCGCAAUGGCGCCGGCUCCACCGAGAACCCCAGCGAAAAUACUCUCAACGGCGAAACCAACUUAGGUCAAGCAGCAAGUGCACUCACCAGCAUCGCAUCCGGCUUCAAACGCACCCCCGGCAAAGACACCCCCACCGCCGGUGCAACUUCUUCCCAAACCUCCACCGAGUUCAACGGCGGCACAAAAGACCUCAACCCAGCCACAACCGCCGCCAUCACCGCUGCCAAAACCGCCACAGGCACUGCCACAGCCGCUGCCAUCGCCUCCCUUGGCUCCCUAGCAGCCGCAUCCCACACCCAACAAUCCCAAUCAACCACUUCUCCACACCAACAAGAACCUGAUGAAUCUCUGGAUUACUCUAACCCAAAUUCCCCUGGUGGUUCUCGCAAACGUCCUCGUGGUCCAGAAUUGGAUAGACAGAGGAAAGAUAAUCAUAAAGAAGUCGAACGUCGUCGUCGCUCCGCUAUCAAUGAAGGCAUCACCCAGUUAUCGCAUAUCGUACCUGGUUGCGAUGCGAAAAACACAAACAAGGGGGCAAUUAUUCAUGCUGCAGUACGGUAUAUUCAGGAUCUGAAGCAUAACGAAGCGAAUAAUAUCGAAAAGUGGACACUGGAGAAACUACUGAUGGAUCAAGCGAUGGGUGAUUUGACUCAACAGUUGGAGGAGGCGAGAGCUCAGGUAGAGAGGUUGAGAGCUGAACUUGAUGAACGAUUUGCCUCCGAACAUCAACAGGAUGCUAGUGGGAAGGGGCAAGCAGGGGAGAGUUGA